GACUAAUGAUACUGGAUUCCUCUCUUAUAAAGAGCAUCUACCAGUAACUGAAAUUGUUGUCACGGAUACAGACCGACCAAAUUCUGAAGCAGCUUACAAGCUUGGGCCUUUGCUUUGUCGGGGUGAUAGGACGUUUUGGAAUUCAGCCUCCUUCAAUACUGAGGCCUCAUAUCUUCAUUUCCCUACUUUCCAUGGAGAACUCAGUGCAGAUGUGUCAUUUUUCUUUAAGACUACAGCUUCCUCUGGCAUGUUUUUAGAGAACCUGGGGAUUAAAGACUUCAUAAGGAUAGAGCUGCACUCUCCAUCUGAAGUGACUUUUUCAUUUGAUGUGGGAAAUGGACCUUUUGAAGUUACAGUGCAAUCACCCACUCCCUUAAAUGACAACCAGUGGCACUAUGUGAAGGCUGAAAGAAACAUCAAAGAAGCAUUGUUGCAAGUGGAUCAGCUUCCCCAAAAGACUCUCACUGCACCGUCUGAUGGGCAUAUCCGUUUGCAGCUCAACAGUCAGCUAUUUGUAGGUGGAACAGCAUCCAGGCAGAAAGGAUUUCUGGGAUGUAUUCGUUCUUUGCAGUUAAAUGGAAUAGCCCUGGACCUGGAAGAGAGAUCAAAAAUAACUCCAGGAGUUGAACCAGGUUGUCCUGGACAUUGUAGCAGCUAUGGUAACCUGUGUCACAAUGGAGGAAAAUGUAGAGAGGAAUACAAUGGAUUCUCUUGUGACUGCGCUUCUUCUGCUUACAGUGGGCCAUUCUGUCAGAAAGAGAUUUCUGCCUAUUUUGGAGCUGGCGCCUCAGUGGUCUACAAUUUUCAAGAAUAUUACACCUUAGCUAAAAAUUCCAGUUCUCAUGCUUCUUCUUUCUACGCUGACAUGACUCUGAUCAGGGAGGUAAUCUCAUUUACCUUUCGGACAACACGGACUCCAAGCUUACUGCUUUAUGUGAGCUCCUUCUACAAGGAGUACCUCUCAGUUAUUCUUGCCAAAAACGGAAGUUUACAGAUUAGGUACAAGCUAGAUAGCCAUCAAGAUCCAGAUGUCUUUAGCAUCAAUUUCAAAAGCAUGGCUGAUGGGCUGCUUCAUCGUGUCAAGAUUAACAGGGAGGAGGAAAUGCUCUAUCUAGAGAUUAACGAGAAUGAAAGGAUGCAGUUCGUUCUGUCUUCAGGUACAGAAUUCAAUGCAAUCAAAUCCCUUGUUCUUGGCAAGAUUUUAGAAAGUAAUGAUAUAGAUCAGGACACAAUGAAGGCAAACUCUCAGGGGUUUGUUGGAUGUCUGUCUUCAGUGCAGUUCAACCACUUUGCUCCUUUGAAGGCUGCAUUGCACCAUACCAGCUCAGCCCCAGUCAUUGUAAAGGGACGCUUCACUGCAUCUAACUGUGGUACUUCAACUGGAGCUGAUUCAACAUCAAGUGAAACAACCCAUUCAUUUGCAGAUCAUUCUGGACCAAUAGAUGAGGGAGAGCCCUUAGCUAAUGCAAUCCGAAGUGACUCUGCAAUUAUUGGAGGUGUGAUAGCAGUUGUGAUAUUCAUCCUGCUUUGCAUCACUGCCAUAGCUGUACGCAUUUAUAAAAAAAAAAGCGUGUAUCAAAAAAAUGAGGCAAAAGGAUCAGAAAAUGAGGACAGUGCCGAGACUGCCCUGAAAUGUGAGCUCAGCAUGCAAAAUACAGUCAACGAAAAUCAAAAGGAAUACUACUUCUGAUUGGCAUUUAUGAUUUAAUUAAAUAUAAUUAUGUGACAGUUUGACUUUCUUGCUAAGCCAGGGGCUCUCAAUGGACAAAAAAGCUCUUGCACUCAAAGUAAAUGCAAUGGAUUUGAGACCUAUUAUACUGCAUAUGUUCAGUCUCAGUGAUUGCUGUAGGAAGUCUCUUUAAAUUACAUGCAUUCCUUAGCUAUUAUACCGUAAAUGCAUUUUAUGUAACAGUGAAUUAGAUAUUGUAACCAAUUUCAUUGUUGGUAGUUUCCGACUGUUCUGAUGUGACCUUCUACAACUGAAUUUUAACGUGAAUGCUGAAUAUGGUAUUUAAGUGGGAAUUGUUAAGCUAUUGCCCCCAUCCAGCUCUUUAAAAUCUGUGAUUCAGGCAUUUUGUUCAAGGUCAAAGUUGAACUGUAAUGUUUACUUGAGAAACUCUGCUAUGUUGCUUUAUAGUGAUUCCCAGUGACUUCCUCAUAUUGAAUCCCUUUGGCCAAUGUCAACUUCUACUUGUGAGCCAUCAAGCCAGAUACCCAAAACUAAACAAAACCCUUAUUUAUUUUUCUGUGUGAAAUGACCAAUGAUGUCAUUAACAGAUCAGUUUCUAACCUGGCUGUGAAGAAUGGGGUAAUUGGAUCCAUUUGGCCCUUUUCAUUCAAUUGGAUACACUGGCAAUCUUUAGCUACUGAAUUUAAUUUUGAAGUUUGCAGUUCUAUCAGGGUGCAAGCUGAAGUGUGCCUAAAGUGUACCAGUAAAUUAUACAAGCUCUUUCAUCACGUGUUUAGCAGUGGAUCGCAGCAAGUUACCACAUUAUUUGCAUAAUUCAGCACCCUCUGAAUGCUGCUUAUUUGUAAAGAUGAGUAAAAUAUUAUUCAUUUAUUGAUUAUCAUUAAUAAUAACAGCAAGUGAACAAAUAGAGUACCUGGGCUGGUAAAUUUUGGAAAUUGGAAAUUUAUCAAUGCAUCCUAAAUGUAAUUGUCUCCUUUCACUACAAAAGGUAUGCUCUCUGGAAGCAGCAGAGAUAUGAUCUUCCAAGUCUCGAGGUUAAUUUGUAUAAAAUAAAGGAAAUCAGUUUCUCUUUUUGAUCCUGGUAAGAUAAGACAUUUUAAAAAUAGCACACUUCCUGAUCCUCUAAUUAUCUUGCACUGCACUCCAUAAUAAUACCUAAUAAUACCUCAGUGAGAUAUUACAGUAAAUUAUAAUAACUUCCCUUCAAAGCCAAACAUAUAGAAUCAUUAGGACAAAAUUUCAAAAGUUUGGCCUCUAAGCCUGAGCCAUUCUGGAACAUAAGCUUUUCUGGAGUUACUAAGCAUUGUGUGUCUAAAACCUGGAUUUAAGAAUGCAAAUAUCAUUUCUGUCUGAAAAGAUAGGGAUGGGAUUUUAGAAAUUACUCAGUGCUGACCUAACUGCUUUCAUUGAAGCCAAUGGUAGUACCCACUGAGUCAAUGGGAAUACGGUUAGCUCAACUCUGAACACUUUUGAAAAUCCCACCCUAGACGUCCAAAUACAUUAUCUGAACACAAAAGUCUGAGGCAGUUGGCCAAAAACGUGUAUAUGUAAAAUUGCUUUACAGAAAUGAUAAGUGCAAAUUUAGAGGUUGAGCUGAAGUCUCUUUGACAAUAUGUUCCUUUAGGUUUGUUUUCCCUCCUCGCUUUUAUUGACUCCUCACUGGAGUCUCACAGUCCCUUUACAGCUCCUCUUUAUGUCUAGGUGUACAUUUCUCCCCUUGUUGAGAUUGGGAGCCUUUUCAAUGACACAUCCCGUAGGCUGGGGCACACAGUCUUCUUCUGUCCCUCUUCUUUAUUCAGUGCUGAGUUUUUCCUACAUUUCCUGGGUCAUAAUCAUUAAACAUUUUUUUAUUGCAAUUGCCUCUAGUCUGGUUUAAACUUUCCCUCUUCUCCCCCUGCCCCAAACCUGUUCUUAAAGAGGGAAGCACCUUGUCCCUCUUUAAAGCCCUGAGCUAAAGCGUAUUGAAUUCAAUGGGCAUCCUUCCAUUGCCUUCACUGGGCUUUGGAUCAAAUCCCUCUUUCACUAAUGAUUCUCCCAAUAUUUUCCCUCCUCCAUAGCACUGGUAUGAAGGUCCCACCCUCCUCUAUUCAUUAUGUGCAAUUGCUAUUCCAAAUAAACACUUGAUGUAAGAACCCCAUUUAAACUACUUAUACCUUUAUGAGUCAAGGGUGCAACAAUGACCAUAUGGGACAGGACUAAUCUCUGUGUGAUAUUGGGGAUCUUAAUGUGUUGGAUGCUGCCACCACAAAGAAAUAUUUGAUUGAAUUAUAAAAGAGACACUACACUUUGUGGGCAUUUCCCACAUACGUUUCAGAUUGUAAUAGAAACCCAAAGUGUAUCCACACCAGGACAAGUUGGGAAAUAUACAAAUUUAACAUUCUAGUUACCUGUUGUUUGUUCCUCCAUUUGUUUGUUUUAACUUUGUUUUUGAGUGUCAAAUGGAACGAAAAACUUCUUCUUUCACUUUCUGGCAAGAGAAUGAUUGUAUUCUUUCAUUAUUCAUUGAUGAGUGUGGAGGUUUUUUUGUUUGUUUGUUUUUGUUUGUUUUAAAGGCAACAGGAAGGCCAUAGCUCAGUAAAGACCCAUUCUGCAAAAUAAUUAAGUAUGAAAAAAAAGAAUCCCAGUGUGAAUGAUAUACUAUGUUUAAGAACUUUUAUGGCAUUUUACUGUGUGAAGAAAAAAAAACGCAUGGGGGUUGUUGAAUGCACAUCCACACAUUUGUAGUAGCAUACAGUAAUUGCAUCUCUCAGAAGGAAUAAAUGCCCAUUUUCUGCCAUAGAAAGACUGAUCAUAUAUUCAUAGAUGGAGUCUGGUAUUUACAGGUUCGGAGUCAAUGAAACAACAUUAUCCACUAUUUGCUGCCUUCUUAUGGGUACAACAAAAUGGUGCACCAAAGUGCACUGAUACAUUGUACACCAUUGUGCUGUCCCUUCCUUGACCCUCUUAUCCCAAUGUGUAAUCUUUUGCCUCCCUCUGUGAAUAAAACAAUUUUUAAAAUAAAGU